UUGUUUAGAAAUAGAAAUCUUAAUUCAUUUAGGAUUACAUCUUCAAAUUAAAAAUAAUUUUUUUUAAUUUUGAUUCUAAAUAAUAAUCUUUAACUCAUCUAGGAGUAGGACGACUGUUCCAAGCGCCGGCCGACAGCCUCCGACAGUCCGACCUCCUGGAUUAGAGAACAAUAUCACAGUAACCAGCUUAAGUAGUUGCUAAGCCCAGCACCUUCUACCAACCUAUUCUUCAGUUCAUGGCUCCUUCACGAGAAAGAAGUACUCAAUGCCGAGUGUACAAGUGUAAGUCCAUAAGACACUCAGAUUUGGCUCAAAUCGCUGAUGCCAUAACUCAAAAUCCUUGUCCAAUAUGUCUUUGUGAAAUCAAGCCAAGCCGAGCUGCACUGCUUCCAUUGUGCAAACAUGCCUUCUGUGCUGACUGCAUCCACAAGUGGAGUGAUUACAAGCGUACUUGUCCACUUUGCAAAGCGGAAUUUGGCUCUUGGCUUUUCAUAAUUGAUCUCUCUUCUCAAACCCUUGAGAAGGAGAAAUUUAAAAGUCCAGUGGAUGAUAGACCUCACACAGUAGGUUUUCCAGCGCGGCGAAGAAGCCAUUUGGAAGAACUGAGGUUAAUUAGAAGAACAAGGGCAGAACUAACUACCCAAUACUCGAGAACGGGGGUAAUCCCGAGGAGGAGGUCAUUUGGCCAAUUGGAAGCUGCAAACCCUGGUGUCAUUAGGGAGAGAACACUGCAAUGGCGGGCCAGCAUAUAUGAAAGGAAAUUGCAGGCUGUUCCUUUCUCAUCCAAAAAUCGUCUUAUAGAGCAAAUGGAACACAACAACAGUGCCAAAGCAAUGGUAGUGCAAAGAAUAGAACCUUGGAUAAAAAGGGAGUUGGAGGCUAUUCUUGAUGACCCCAAUCCAUCUGUUAUUGUCCAUGUUGUCACCUCACUUUUUGUCUCGGGAAAUGAAAGAAGCCACCAAGCUAGUUCUGGAGAACCAGGUGCAAGGAAUGACUUUCUUGCUCCUCUGCGGCCUUUCUUGCAUGAAAAAUCAGAAAUGUUUUGGCAUGAGCUUAGAUGUUUUGCUGAGAGCCCUCUCUCCCUCGAGACAUAUGAUACUGUGGCGGAAUAUAUAUCAUUGAACCAAACUUAGAUGGAAUAAUAAUUGUCUAAUGGUGUAAUAGCCAAAAGAAUGCACUGAUUUCUUGAUAUAUGUGCCUAGUAUUUCUUGGAAUGGACCGGUGGCUUGGUUGACAAGGCAUUUUACUUCCACAUACUCAUGAGUUGGACAAACUAAAUGACAACAUAUGUCGGUGCAAAUCGGUGGAUGCAAAUGCCAUCACUUCUUUCCUCAGAUCCCACAACAUGAAUAUGCAAGGGGUGAGCUUGGAACAAAAUGUUUUUCUAUCUGGUUUUAUCACUGCCCUGAUUCUUCUGCUGCUCCGUGUGUUUCUGAAAAUCUCUCUGAGAUACAAGGAUCCUCAUUCCCGUGCGAAAUUUUUUGAGAAAAGCAUUUUAUGCGGGCCAACUUCAAUGCAAAUAAUGAGAGGCGAAUAGAAAGAUGUACUGUUAUAUGGAAGAUUGGACGGAUUUUGAUUAACUAUACAUGCAAGUGAAGUGCUACUUUUAGCGAAAUCCCGACAGAUGAAUUCAGCACUAGUUGUGUCCUGUCUCAAGACAAGUUAGGAGGGCGAGAACAUAAGGAAGACACGCCUCCUAGAUUGGAGGAACUUAUGUGAGAGAGGGAUAGUUCAUACCCAUCAACAAUAUACACCACAAGGGUAAGUAAUGUGAUGAUUAUUUUGCAAAUCUUGGUCAAGAGGUCGUAAAAGAACUUCAUUUUUGUGUUCUUAUUGAACCCUUGGAGAGAGUCAAAAGAGCUCAUUGAAACUAUAGAAAUGGCAAAACAUUUGUAUGAACAGAACUCCAGCUUAAUUUUCUGAUGUAUUAAAACAUUACUAAGCACAAGUUCUUGCUUUCACAGCUUGUGAACUCUAGAUUUGGUUUUAGACUCCAGGUUUUCUUUGUUUGCUUGUGGAAUCAUAUUACACCAGAGUUUUAGAGGUGUAGUAGUGUUUGUUUUGUUUAACAUUUCAAUCUUGUUUGGGUUUUGAGUGGAUAAAGUACCUUUGAGGUUCUUGUUUUA